CGCGUCAGUACACACUGGCAGGCGGCACCGGGCACACAUCCUUGCUGCUCUCGCUACGAACGUACGGUACCCGCUGUGGGCGCCCGGGACAUCUCCUUUCUCCUGCUUUUUUCUCACCUCACUGUCUCGACCCGGCUCGGCCCGUUUUGUGUAACCACGGAAGAAGCGCUACGGAGAGCCUUCCCUAUCCCGGUCCCGACAGCUUCCUUUUUCCGUUCAAAGUUCCAGCUUUAUUUCCAUUCCCAAAAUCACACUCAUUCUCGUCAGUUUUACAGUGUUCUUGAAGUGUUUAAGUUAACCUUCUUUCGAGUCUACCCUUGGUUUUUGUGAAGUGUCUAGUGUCUGGUGGCAGAGUUCGUGAAGGAGCAGCAGCAGUGGCAGCAACGCAAAAUCACACAACGCACUCGAACGCCAACGAACCUGUAACGCUCGAGCUGCGUUCCUUCAGCAGCCCGGUAUCGUUCACUCGCGACUCGGACAUUAUGGGACGCUAAACGGCUCACUGGAGCAUCAAAACAAAACACGCCAAACGAAGUUACGGAGGUCCAGGGAGAUAGAUUCACCGAGCAGUGGAUGUGUUUUGUGUGUGUGUGUGUCAGGAUACCGAACGUGCGUUGUGGUUGGUAGUGUAGUACAGGUGUUGUAUCGAGCCGGCGUACGUAGCGCCGGUGGCAUAUGCCUGGUGUAAAUAAGACGAACUCGUAACCGUGCAUCCGAGACAUACUGACAGCAGACAUAGUGCAUUGUUGAGGGCCAGUGUUGUGCAGGUGUCCGCCACCACCACGUUCCUAACCUAACCUCUUUCUAUCCCAUCCCGGGACCCUGGAACGACCUCUGCCCGGUGGUUCCAGUGCGCCAUCAACAGGAGGUCGAGUUCACCACGAUCAACCGUCGUCGUCGUCGUCGUCAUCCACCAUCUCGCCCCAAAUGCGACAAUAGUAUGGAAGUAUGUUCGCCGAACGGAGCAUCCUGUGCCGUUUAUAUAAUACUUUAAUUUUCAUGCACCUGAUCUACGUCACGCGGUCAUUCGGUGUCAUCUUCGAGGAGUAUGUGGUGGACCAGGGCCGCAACCUAACGUUGCGCUGCGAUUCCAAACAUCCGGUACGAUGGGUACGGGAGGGUCGCCGUGAGGAUGUGCGCCAGUUCCAGCUGGACGGUUCGCUCGUAUUGACAAACCUGACCGCAAAGGACGGUGGCCGGUACACCUGUUCGGCAGCGAUACCGACGCUCACGACCGUUGCCGUACUGGAGGAACCAGAGGCGGACACGUCCGCCACGAACGACACCAACCCGAACCCGGUGGCGUACGAGCCAAGUGAUACUAGUGCCGGAUAUGAAAAUGCCACUACCGAACCGUACGAUGGUGAGGAUGUGGACGGCUCGUCAUCGUCGUCUGCCACCGCCGAGGAACACUUUGUCGAGCUGCUAAAGGUGAACGUGAAGGUGCGAACGCCUCCAUUAGCGGUGUCAAACUUUUACGUCCGUGCGUCCACCAUUAUUGCGGUGCUGGUGUGGGAGGUGAUGCCGAACCGGACCGGUGGGUACGCGAUACGCGAUUUUACCGCGGAAAUGCGCAAGAUGCGCGAAAGCAUCAACGAUACGGAGCUGCCUUGGGAGACGAUUGAUCCGCGCCAUAUUAGUCCGAACGCGCGCCAGCUCGAAAUCUAUCAUCUCAUUCCGAACACAACGUACGAGUUUCGGAUCUGGGGCAAUAAUCAGCUCGGUGCGGGUGAGAUCGUCACCAUACUGGCGACCACGCAACCUCGCAUGGAGGAGAAAGAUCUCGUCCGGCGGAUUAUGAUCGAUGCGAAGAAUUUCGAUACCCGCGUCUGGAUAGCGGCGGUCGGCAUCGUGAUGGGUACGCUGGUCAUCCUGUCGCUCGGUACCUGCAUCGUGCUGUACAAGGAGUGCCGCGAACCAGCCGCCAACGAUAAGGACGAGGAGCUGGACAGUCUCGAGCUGGUACCGAACAUCAUCCUGAAUCCGGGCUUUUGCGACUCGGACGACCAGGGCCAGAAUCCGCUGUCACCGCCAAUACCGCGCACUCUGCCGUACAAUCGGUACCGCACGAGCGGGCACGGCAGUGGGCCGGGUGACGAUGACGACGACGAGGACGAGGACGACGAGGAGGAGGAAGAACCGAUGACGUUUAGCCGCCGGAUGUCAAUCUUCUUCACCGGCAACACGAUCAAGCGGAUUUGAGUGAAAGUAUUCCCGGAGGACUCCGUGUACUACUGAUGCGAUGCUGCCCAUUCCGUUUUCAACCGCCUGCCGCUAGGUACAGCAUCUGGCUGGCUGCUCGGACCACCGUCCCGGAGAGCUUGUGCAAAGCCUCAGUGUACUUAAUCGAACGCACACCCAAACACAUACACCCCUCCACACUUCCAUCGCCCCCCAAAUCGAAUGUAAUGUAGAGUCGAAUAGGGGAGACAGAUACUAUCCUCGUGGUUGAUAGAUGCAGGUCAGGCAAGCAAUUACUAAGUAAGUAGAGGAAUACUGUCUCCCAGUCUCUCUCACACACACAUACUCCCACAAGGACAGUAAGCCUCGCACCACAAUCGCAUGCCUUCGAUGCGAAACUACUACUCCCACUACAAUGUCUAUCACUCUCUCUCUCUCUCAUCCACGACGGGUAGGGAAGGCUUCCUAAAGAUGGCGCUCGCGGUAGACACUGUGUGUCGCGGUACGCAAAGCCAGAUCAGUUCUAUUUUGUGUUUUGACGUGCCUUGUUUUGUGCUCCGCUAAAUCCCCCCCUUCCAAUGUCACCCUCACACCUCUUCCCUCUACCCAUCUAAAAUUUAGGAGGAAAAAUUAGAUAUCUAAAGAUUGUGACCAGGUUAAAGUGCACGCUUGGCUCGUUGCUUCACGCUCACCAACAGGUGGCAGCCAUCUUGAAGCAGGCUUUUUUUUCCUGAGGCUAGGUUUCGGGUGCCCGAUAUUACAUACCCGGUGGAGAUUUUUUAUGGGCUUGUUACCGACAACAUUGACUGAAUAACGGAUAGUGUGUAAUAAGAUUAGAGCGGGAAAAGAAGGUGAUAAGCACAAGUCCUCGCAGUUUUUGUGCCGUUGUACGGUGGGUGGCGCUGCUGCAACUAGCCCGACAGAAUUUCUAAGCCCCCAUUUGCGCCAUUUUGGCUAACCGCUAAGCUGACGUUUAGGGCAAUGUAGGGAAGCAGCAAUUCCAACAAUUUCCGGAGGAUUGUGCAGUGAUCGCUAAUACAAUAAUAAAUGUCAUACAGGGGGCAGUAGGCAGGAGGCACCUAUUCAAUGUCAAACCCAGUGUACUUGGCGCACGGUGAACGUCCGGCGUACAGAAACGUACGGAGUCACCUCACUCGGUCCUCUGGUACGCUUAACACGCAUGCAAAACUGAUGAGUGAAAUGAUAAUGAUAAUGCUAUGUUCAUAAGUGAUCCCUUGUCUACUCCCAACUCCCUCCCAUUCAACCGCCAUCAACCUUUCAUUCCUUCGCCAACAUAUAUACUAGCUAGAGGAGAGUUAGCGUUAGGUAGCCAUCUAAGUCACUGUACGGUGAUUGACAGCUAGACUAAGACGCGAAUAUUAAAAAAAAACUCACACACAACAGGCACAUGUUAGCUUUUCACCAUUGCAAAACAAAGCAAAUCCAUUCGAAGGGUUUAAAUAGGGCGAAGGUACAGAGAACCAGCGAGAAGGUUUAGUUUAAGCGCAACGAUAUUAAGGAUACUUUACGCCAAACAUGCACGCACGCCAAUCAAACUGCAAGAUGAGUGAGAAUACUACUUCCUCUUCCAGUCUAGACGAGUUGUGCGACUACUUUACUCGUCGACACUGUGUUUUAGCUCUAUUGGCUUCGUACUGAUUCGUUUUUAGGAACAACACUGCCGUACACUGUUGUGCAUAAGUUGGAUGACUUCGCCUAAAAUCUCUGGAAUUCUUGUUUUUUUUUCUUUUCAAGUAAUGUUAGUGUUUCUGGUCAGCAUUUCCACAUAUUCAGUUGUUAUGUUUCGUUUAGAGGCUGGAUCGUCAGGAAAAUAAUUUUUAAUUUAUACUGGACUGAUUAUUUUCACUACUUAACAUCCGUCCUGAGAAGACUAUGAAAGCAUUCAGACACGGCGAAAAGGUUCCGUUGGUGCGCUUCAGGUACCUACUGAACCACUAGACUAUUCAGUACGAAGCACAGAGCCUUCCCCACGCUUUGCUUUAUCGUCUAUCGCUACUAGCAUAUUCAUCUAUUUUGACGGUUGUGUACGCCUUUAGUAGCGACGCUGCAUUUAACCGCUGCGGGGCGCCACUGUACGCCAUUACUAACAGUUUGACAGUUUGACGCCCUCCAGCGGCGAGAUUAUCUCUUCGUCUUCUUAACCGCUCAACGUCCGUUCCUGCUAGAGGGCUGCCUAUUGGCUUUCUAGUCUUAUUUAUUGCUAUCGAGCGCUCCCACGCGAUGUUGCGGGUAAUCGCAGAGCUAAGGACGCGAAGCUGAAAAACAUUGAAAAGCGACAAAAAAAAAACGAAAAAGAAAAACACUCCUCCAUACAUCCUUAACCGCCUUUAUACUCUGUAAGUGAAGCUGGACGCCCAAGCGUCAGCCAUUUGCUUUUGCAAGCUUUUGUGCGAACGGAAAGCGGCUGAGACAUGCUAACACCACGCACACUUUGUAACUUAACUCAGCACACACACAAACACACACAUACAACCCAGUAAAACGGUGUGCGUGAGAUGGGAGUUUUCGAGCGAUUCGAGUCAAGAAAAAGCUUACCAAAGGCAGUAAACGUCAAAGUUGACAAGUUGAUUGUUUGAGUGUGUGCGUAUGUUUCGAGGCUGGCAUAUUUACAUAUAUAUGUAUAUAGGAUAAGAAAACACAGAAAACAAUACAUUAGUGUAAAGAGCAGAAAACAGAAAACUAUACUAACUCACCCAUUUGGAGCGAACAAAAUCAAUGUAAAAAGAAGAAGAAGAAACAAACAAACAAAACAAUUGCAGAAAAGUGCCGUCAAAUAUCAAAGUGUAAACAAAUGGAGAAAAAAACAAAAUACAUGUGUGUAAAAAUGGAACCGAACCCCAGCACUGGAUAGUGAACGUUGUAGUAUUGCCAGGAUCGGAUGGAUCGUUUACGGUACGAUUCUGAUUUUUUUUUUCUUGUAUAAAGUGUGCAGAAAUGUGACGGAGGAACACCGGAAACUCACGAACGCUAUUGUGUACACCUAGAGCCGCACGCUUUUUAUAUUAAAAAGCGUUUGCGAUCCGUAGCCUGCCCCGUGUCACGGUGGCAUGACGAUGGUUGUUGUUAGUUGUUGAGUACAUACUUACAUUAGACACAGUAUUCGGCGGAGAGUCAAGCGCCGACAACACUCUGGCACGCGAGCGCAAAUAGUAAGACUGUAGUGGAGUUGAGCAAUUAGUUGUAUAAAGUCAGUCAAGCAUACGUAGCAUCAGUUCGCGAACAGACGUUAGACAGACACGCAUGUCAAAAUCAAUGGAGAGCUAUCCAUACUGCAAGCCUUGGGGCUGGGGAUACUGGUGUCAGUGCAUCAGAAUCCUGGAUGGUCACUAUCCAAGAUUUAUCCUGUUUCCAUUGCUGUCCCCCUGAUUGCUGGUUAGUGUAUAAUGCCAUCGUUGUAGUUGGCUUCCUGCGCCUGCAAUUGGUUUUUGAGCUAAUUGCUCGAAAUUGUACAGUGUUAGCAGCCUUGCAGCUCUUGCGAAAAAAAAAGACUCUUGAAGACUUUGCAAUGCUAGAAGUUUUCUGCAAGCAAGUUGGCCAGAAACGCCAAUACACAUCCACAUCCACACACAAACACGCUCGCAAAUGCAGCUACAGUUAAGCCCUGUUUAAGGAACCAGGUUCGCGACAGGCACCAGCUGUCAAACAUCUCUUCAACCAUCGAUUAGAAAUACUGCGCUACAACUGCUGCUACUAUCAAAACACUUUAAUUCCUACUGUCACCGGUGAUGCAAGGUUUACUGGAUUAAAACUAAACAAAAACGGCAAGAGUGAAUGAAGAUGAGAAUUGAUCAAGGAUAAGAUGUAGGAUGUAGUCGUGCGUGGUCACGCCGAAUAAGUAAACCAAAGAAGGAACCAAAGAUAUACUGUGUCAUCCUUAGCCAUCAGUAUAUACCAGCCAUAUCAGGUACUAUCAAAUACUAGCCCCAGUCUUGGUAAAAACACAGUGGUGCACACUGUCUGUCCUCUUGUAAAGUAAAGCUACCACUACUACUACUACUAUUACUACUACUACUACUACUACUAUAAUAGACCGAUUAUCUGGAUUUUGUACGCGAAAGAUAGAUAGGGCGCGCCUCACUGUGCUAUGAUCCUAAAAUGCCUGAGCAACUCACCAUUGCACACAAACACUCACACACACACAUACAGUAUAAUACUACGUUUCAGAUGAUUCUCCAGACACACGAUUCUUGGUGCCGGCGCUACAUACAGUUUGAAUGCUUAGUUGUUGUGGCAUUAGUUUUUCUUUGUCGAGGGAAUUGUUAGUUCAUUGGAUAACUUAACUUCACAAAAAGGCGCAUACUCCUCCACGGAAAACAAGUGAUCUUAUAAACGAGAGAGCGAGAGAUAUACACGCAGAAAAAGAGAGAGAAGAAUGGAGGGAUGUUAAAAAUACGGGAGCGAACGAAACCCGGAUUUUCUGUAAGGCAAAGAAACGGAAGAAGGAAGAGAAAAAAAAACCACAACAACAAGGGACGAGACUGAGAGAGAGCAAAUGCAUGAUACUACUGAUAGAACUAGCGCAAAACAAAAACCUAAAAAUAUAUACUUAUAUCUGCAUCGCAA